AUGAGCUUUAAAUGUCAGGUUUGUGAUGGGCCGGCCAGUGGAGUCCAUUUUGGAGCCGAUGUUUGUAGAGCCUGCUCUGCAUUCUUCCGUCGUUCAGUCUCCAGAAGCCACGUGUACAAAUGCAAGGGUCAAGGGUCGUGUGAAAUUAUGUCAGCUAGACGAACAAUGUGUAAAAGUUGUCGAUUCGUGAAGUGCACUGUGAUUGGAAUGAGAAAAGAUUGUGUACAGAAGAAUCGAGAUUUGUAUGGAAAACGAUCGAUGACAAUACCUGAAUUUCUCAAAAAUCUUGUGGAAAUGUAUAACCAGUUGGGUGUCAAACGAUUAGCAGUCUACACCCCAAGACCCGGGAGGAGUCCUAUAAAUUUCAAGCAUACAACUCAAGUAUUACUGCAAGAAUAUCACUUGCUCUCUGAUUGGAUAUACAACUCAUUUGACAGCUACUACGCCGCACUGGCAAACGAUCAAAAAGAAGUUUUAUUCCGCAACUUUUUCUUCCAAUUUGUGGUGCUUGAAGCGGGUUUCCGAGCCGGUCAACAUAGGCGGAAUGAUGUUUGGUUCAUGCCUUCCAUGGAUUACAUAGACUGUGUUAAUCUGGACACUUUCUUUCACGACCCGGACACGCCCCAACCAAUGAGUUCAGAGGAAGCUGUCAAAGUCUUCGGAUGGUCAUUUGGUGUAUAUCAUAGGAACGUGUCCAUUCCAAUGAUUAACCAUCAAAUUGAUACUGUAGAGUUAUUGGUUCUGGCAACGUUGAUACUCUUCUCAACAGGCAUCGAUGGGCAAUCCGAAGAGUGUUAUGAACUACGUCGGCAGAUGAGAGAACGUGUUCAAAAAGAGAUGCUUGACUACUACAAAAUCACGAAGACUACAGAAGAAGCACCACUUCGAAUGGGAUGUGUACUGUCAAUGCUACCGAAUAUACAGAGAGCAACGCGGCGGUUUCAAGAGGAAAUCGAAUUGAGACAUGUGUUGAAAGCGUAUUCCGUGGACCGAAAGUUUUAUGAUACGUGUUUGGGAAAGUUUUAA